GUCAGCUGAACUCAUUAAUGGUGUGGCGUUUCGAUUGUCAUUUCAUUGAUAUUGGGUGAAUUGGGAUAUUAUUCUUUUAUUGUGUGUUUCAUUGGCUUGUAAUAUUUAUUAGAGGCCUUUGCAGCUUUUUACCGUUCAACUGUGGCAAGAGCGGCCUUGGGCAAGAGAUUGAGAUAGACAGAAUAGACUGGGAACCGAUGCUGAAAAGGGAUUGGAGUUGGAGUGGUCUUGAUUUCUCAAGAUGGAUCAGCUUGUGUCUGAGCCACUGCCGUCCAUGCGGACUGCGUCAAUGACACCGGUAGAAUCAAAGUGGUCUCGGGAGGGCUCUGCUGACGGCAACGAGGAAUGGGGUCCGUCAGAGUGUGUAAGGCGGUCUCAGAGGCAGAGGAACUCCACUCCCAUAGACAGUGGCUCCGAGGGCAUCCCUGAGCCGGCUGUGAAGGAGGAGAUAAAGAUUGAAGUCACUUCACCAAGGGUUGAGCGUCCGUCGUCUCCCUCGGUGUCAGACGAGGAUCCUUUAUCGGACCGCGCUCUGCAGUCUCUGGUGAAGGAGGAAGAGUUCCUGUGUCGGUCGCCUUCACCGUCUGAAGACUUUAUGGGUUUCACUGAGGUGGACCGGGACAGUGCUUGGUUCAUCUCCAAUGUGAAAAGGAAUCUGUUACCGGUCGUUCCGUCGGACAGUCAAGACUCCAUUGAAGUCUUUGCUGAGGGAGGGCUCAUCAAGAGUCAACGUCUCGUCAUUAACUACCGGGACGUGGAUGGUCUCGAUGAUGGUAACAUAUUUUGUGACUUGUGCUGCCGCGAUAGGGACGGAGAAUGUCCUGUCCAUGGACCGCUGAAGAUCAUACCCGAUACCAAGGCACGACCCGGUAUCGGAGGUGCCGAAAGGGACCUCAAGACUCUGCCGUCGUCUCUCAGCUCUGGUCAGUCGAGAAAUCCAGCAUCUGGCACCGGAGUUUUUGCGGAGAAUGAUCUUCCUGCGCGCCAAAGACUUGGUCCUUACGAGGGCAUCUUGACCACCGAGCAGGGUCAGGCUCGAACCACCGGGUACAGAUGGCAGAUCAAGAAGGGUGAGCACGCGCAUCACUCGGUGAAUGCCGAAGACCCGAGCUGCAGCAACUGGCUCAGAAGGGUCAACUGUGCCCGCACGGAGGAAGAACAAAACCUAGUGGCCUUCCAGUACCGGGGUCAGAUAUACUUCAGGACGUCAAAGCCCAUCCCGAAAGGGUCAGAGCUGCUGGUGUACUACGGAGACGACUCGGCCCGGGAGCUGACCGUCCACUCGGAGACGUCUGGGCAGUCUGUGACUUCCUCUCCGGCCGGACCGUCAUCCUCAGGUACUGAUGGUACACUUCAGUGUCCCCACUGCGACUUCAGAUGUCUGGGACAACAACGUCUGGACAAACACCUGAAGACGGGGCAUGGUCACGUCGACAGGACCGGCAGAUUCAAGUGCCUGUGGUGUCAAUACUCUACCAAUAAGUCCUCCCAUAUGGAACACCACCGUAGGACCCACACUGGGGGGAAGCCGCACGGCUGCUCCGUUUGCACGGCACGGUUCGCUCAGCGGUCAUACCUUGCAACACACAUGCGUGCUCACACUGGGGAGCGGCCGCACUGUUGCUCCAUCUGCCAAGCACAAUUCACUCGACGGUCAACUCUCACCAAACACAUGCGUACCCACACGGGGGAGCGGCCGUUUGGCUGCUCCGUCUGCACAGCACGGUUUGCUCAACGGUCACAGCUCAACACACACAUGUGGACCCACACGCGAGAACGGCCUUACGGCUGCUCCCUCUGCGCGGCACGAUUCACUAAGCGGACAUACCUCAACAUACACAUGCGGACCCACACUGGGGAGCGGCCGUACGGCUGCUCCAUCUGCCAGGCACGGUUUGCUCAACAGUCCGCUCUCACCAUACACAAGCGUGCCCACACGGGGGAGCGGCCAUAUGGGUGCUCCAUCUGCCAGUCCCGAUUUACUGAAGGAUCAACUCUCAACAAACACAUGCGGACCCACACGGGAGAGCGGCCGUACGGCUGCUCCAUCUGCCCGGCACGAUUUGCUCAACGACCAACUCUUGCCAGGCACAUGCAGACCCACACGGGGGAGCGGCCGUAUGGGUGCUCCAUCUGCACUGCACGGUUCGCUGAACGGGCAAGCCUUACCAAACACUUGCGGACCCACACUGGGGAGCGGCCGUACGGAUGCUCCAUCUGCACGUCACGGUUUGCCCAACGGUCACACCUCACCACACAUAUGAGGACCCACACUGGGGAGCGAUUGUACGGCUGCUCCAUUUGCACGGCACGGUUCACUCGACGAUCACACCUCAACACACAUAUGAGUACCCACGCUGGAGAGCGGCCGUACGGCUGCUCCAUCUGCACGGCACGGUUUUCUGGACGGUCAAACCUAACCAGACAUAUGCGUACCCACACGGGGGAGCGGCCGCACGGCUGCUCCCUCUGCGCGGCACGAUUUGGUCAUCGAUCAAGUCUUAGCAAACAUCUGCGGACCCAUAAGGGGAAGCGGCGAAGCAAUUUUCUUUAGCAGAUCAUCUUUCACCAUGAUGCAUGUCUACUUUUGGGUCGUGGAUGGCGACACCCUUCUGUUUAUUGCUGGUUGCGUUUCAAGGAGCAGUGGAGGAUUGUGGUGCUCGUCAUUACAUAUGCACAGCUAUGGAUUUAGUGGGCGUGAUAACUAUUUAAUUCCUAUAUCGAUGCGUUUGCUCUUAUUUCUAUGUCGAUAAGUUCGUGGCUGGACUAUGUUUGUUGGUAUUCUUUCAUGUUCAUAUGAUACUCAUUUGCGCAAUAUUGUUGUUGUGUGGGUGUCGUUUUGUAUAGGCUUGGCUGUGCCGGAGCCCUACCAAUAAUUUCGCAAUUUUAACAUUGACCCUAUGGCGCUGCGUGGGAAGAAUGACUUUGAUAUAUUAACCCUCGCCCGUAAACGGUGUUUUGCCACCUUCGCCCAUGCAGGGGGGGGGGGGUUGGUGUGACCCCCCUGGCGUUUGAAAACGGAGCGUCGUAGAGAUUAGCGGAAAAGACCAACGGAUUGCUCUCAACGAGAUCUCGCGAUUGGUGGUAUAUUUUUUGGUCCUAGGUCAACAUUUGACCUACUUAUGACCGGUCAAAGGUCAAAUUUUCGGAAAAAUCUGACUUUUUUCAGAUUUUCGCGCCGAUUGCGGCAAAACGGUAAGAGAUAUCGACUUGAAACCUUCUCUAUCGUGAUCCUUGAUCAAUUCUCUAUCGUUUGGUGGUAUUUCGAUGUCAUAACUCUAAAAAUGAUGCGUUGGGAGCAUCGGAAGUCUGCAAGGUCAUUUGUGCAUUGGGUCACGUCAGGCGUGUGACGUCACUGACCUGACCCUGACCCAAAAUGAACUACAAGAAACAACCGACGAUGCCUGAAAUGCCUGGAUAGCAAAUUCGAAUUCGGGGCAUCAAAAUACCCCGAAAAGGCAUACAAGUGCAAAAAGUCAUUACAGGUCAACCGAGAUCACUGACCUUACCUUGACCUUUAGUAACCUUCAAAAUGUCAACGGACAUUGUGCCAAUGUCAAAUCAGCCAGUUGUGAUUCUAAAACAAUCCAUCAGUGUGUCAGGUCAGUCGGCAUUUAUACCAAUGUGAAGCUAUCUCCAAUUUAGCGUAAAUCUGGCCGGAGGUUGAUCCCUUUAUGACGUCAUAACUCCGUGACCUGACAUGACCUUGACAAAAAAACCAAAAGUUGCGCAAAGGAUGCACUAGGGGGUACUGAAAAUUUGAGCAGGCUAUCUGAAACGGUUCGGCGUGUAGCUAAGAAAAACCUCAGGGGGAGGGGGCUGCACCCCCCCCCCCCCCCCUACAUGGGCGAGGGUUAAAAUCAGCCAUUAGAGCUAUACUUAUGACUUUCGGAAAGUGACGUCCGUGUCUUGCUGGCUGGCUUCUGCAAGAGAUAUACACCAGUUUAAGAAUAAACUCGGUAAUAAUGUCCGCAACUACCUCAAUAUUUGAUUGCUGGGUGGUGGACAUUUUGCUGUAAAUUCGGUCCUCUUGCAUUUAUAUGCCUAGUUAGACACUUUAAAUAAGCCAAGCCAUCCAUCUUGCGGUAUUCAACAAAUUUGGUUCGACUUGUUUGCACUUGUGCACUGUUGAUAGCUGAUAGCUGUACACAUUACACGGGACCCUUGUCCCAGUCGCUGAGUCAGAGCUCUGGGCAUCGUUGAAGCCCUACCGACUCACUAUUUCUGUGGACUGUGUUAUACAGCUGUUGUUUUUUUGUGAAUGCAAGUUGCAACCGUGUUGAAAAUAAACAAUGUUAUCAUU